UUCAAAAUUGUUGCCACAACGUAUUUCCCACCGGGCCUCGCUAUUUGUCCCCCCUUUUUGGCUCCGACACAACAACAACAACAACAAUUACAAUCACAAACUAAUAAUACACAAUUAUCUGCUUCAGCAGCUAUUGUUAGUGCAUUAGCAGCAAAUAAUUCUGUUAAUCAACAUCAUAUCCAUCAUCACCAUUCACAUUCCCUUAUAAAUCCUUUAAAUAUCCACCAACAACAACCACAACAACAACAACAUCAUCAUUUUCACCAAAUUCCUUUAAUACCACCAUCUAUUGGUCAACAACAAACACAAUUACAACAACAACAAACAUCACAAGAUAGUUGUACAUUUUUACCAAAUUGUAACGGUUUAACGACAUUACAACAACAACAAACAAAUCAAUAUCAACCAAUAACAACAACAAAUCAUACGGGAUUAUCCCUGUGUUAUUGUGGUCAUUGUUGUCAAUCGUCAUCAACUGAUCCUGUGUUGCAACAACAACAACAACAACCAACGGCAAUUGUUAGUGCAGUUACACCAACACUUAUUCUAAGUCGUUACACUGAAAUAAAUUUGUGUGAUUCUAUACAAUUGCAACAUCAUCAUCAUCAUCAUCAUCACCAACAACAACAGCAACAACAACAACAACAAAUUCAACAUCAAUUAUAUUCUUCGCAACAUCAAAGUUGUUUUAAUCAGCAACAACAUCCAAUAACAACUUCAACAACAACAGCACAAAUUUACGCUCAAACAACAACAACAAAUAAUAAAAAUAAUUCAAUUGCAACAUCAGCUCCUGCAGAAGCAAUAGCAACUGAAUCAAAUCAAAUAAACUUCAAAGAUAUAAUGCAAAUGCAAUUAAUCCAAUCGUUACCGCAUCCAAAUCAUCUACAUCACCAUCAUCCGUCGCUGCAACAGAGUCAGCAAGAAACUUUGCAGUUGCAACAAUAUCAUCAGCAACAACAACAACAGCAAAUGCAAUUGCAACAACAUCAGCAGCAUCAAAUGCAAUUUCAGCAACAACAACAACAACAGCAACAUCAACAAAUACAAAUGUUGCAAACAUAUAUGCAAAUGCAAGUAGCAACAUCUGCUACAACACAGCAACAACAAUAUGUUGGAUCACCUCCAUUAACUCCAUUACAACAACAACAACAUCAUUUUGCAGCAACAAUGGCAGCAGCAGCAACUUACAAUCCAGCAGCAGCCAUUACUAUAAUACCAACAUUUGCAACAUCAUGUACUUCGCCAACAACAACAAACAACAACAAUGUAAAUAGCAAUAUCAAUCAUACUAAUACUAAAUGUUUUAUCAGUAAUAAUCCUAAUAAUACCAAUACGAAUGGCAACAAUAAUAAUGCCAUCCUGCCUGCAUUGGUUGGUCAAAACUAUAAAAACAUUAAUAAUAAUAUAAAUAAUUGUGCUAGUAGUGCUCCUCUGUUGUCAAUUGAUAAUAAUCAUAUUAAUCAUCAUCUCAAUCGUAAUCUUCUGAUUAAUAACAAUAACAGUAUGACAAAUCGAGAGAAUUUUUUAAUAAAUCAAAAUGGCAAUGGCAAUAGCAGCGGCAAUGAUAUAAAUAAUCUAAAUAUUAUAAACAGUAGUGCUGGUAGUGGUGUGAGCAGUGAUGCUAAUUCAACUACUAGUACAACUGCUGCUACUAAUACAAAUGGUAGAUAUAGUUCAGCAUCUUCUGAUUGUUCUAUGCCAUCGCCAUCUUCACACUAUUCUUCUCGUUCUCCUAACAAGAGAGGAAGUGACGAACUUUUAAGUCAAGCAGCAGUUAUGGCACCAGCAUCGGACAAUAAUAAUCAAGAUUUAGCAACAAAAAAAGCAAAACUAGAUUCGGGCACAGUUUUGGGAGGAGUUUGCAAACCUUCCAAAGUGAUUCACCUUAGAAACAUUCCAAACGAAUCCAGCGAACCAGACGUCAUAUCCCUGGGUAUACCCUUCGGACGUGUCACAAAUGUACUCGUCCUCAAAGGUAAAAAUCAAGCAUUUUUAGAGAUGGCCGAUGAGGUAUCAGCCACAGCUAUGGUUACCUGUUAUACACACAAUCCACCACAAAUGCGAGGUCGCAUGGUUUAUGUUCAAUUUUCAAAUCAUCGUGAGUUAAAGACCGAUCAAAGCCACACCAUUGGGUCAACUGCUUUAGUUCCCGUUAGUGCAGAUUAUAUUAAAAUACAAUCACCAGGAUCUGGAUCACCGUUACCAUUGUGCGGUGCCACUGCCACAGAAGGUUCACAGACUGUCAUGUUAAAUAAUACCAAUUCAACAACACAGGGUGGUCCAAAUACCGUACUCAGGGUUAUUGUUGAAUCACUAUUAUAUCCAGUCUCAUUGGAUAUUUUACAUCAGAUAUUCCAACGUUUUGGAAAAGUUUUAAAAAUUGUGACUUUUACUAAAAAUAAUUCAUUCCAGGCUCUCAUUCAAUAUCCAGAUGCCCAAUCAGCCCAACAUGCUAAAAACAUUCUUGACGGCCAGAACAUCUAUAAUGGCUGUUGCACUUUACGUAUUGACAAUAGCAAAUUGACAGCUUUAAAUGUCAAAUACAAUAAUGACAAAUCCAGGGACUUUACAAAUCCAUCAUUGCCACCAGGCGAACCGGGUGCUGAUUUAAUACCGCAAGCUGGAGGAUUGGUCAAUGCAAAUGAUUUAUUAUUAAUUGCGGCUAGACAAAGGCCCGCUUUAACAGGUGAUAAAUUAGUUAAUGGACUUGGUGCUCCUGGGGUGCUACCACCAUUUGCAUUAGGCAUUGGUACACAAUUAACUGGUGGAUAUAGCAGUGGUAUACCAAGUUUAGGAGCAUUUGCAUUGGCGAAUAGUGGUGCUUUAACAACUGCCACACCAGCAUUACGAGGUUUUUCGAAUGUCCUGCUGGUAUCAAAUUUGAAUGAAGAGAUGGUCACGCCUGAUGCUCUAUUUACCCUCUUUGGUGUAUAUGGUGAUGUGCAACGUGUAAAAAUUUUGUACAACAAGAAAGAUUCAGCUCUUAUACAAAUGGCCGAACCUCAACAGGCAUAUUUAGCAAUGACUCAUCUUGAUAAAUUGCGUCUAUGGGGUAAAUCGAUACGUGUCAUGGCUAGCAAGCAUCAAGCUGUGCAACUACCUAAAGAAGGACAACCUGAUGCUGGUUUAACACGUGACUAUUCACAGAAUCCAUUGCAUAGAUUCAAAAAACCAGGCAGUAAAAAUUAUCAAAAUAUCUACCCACCAUCGGCCACAUUGCAUUUAAGUAACAUUCCAGCAUCUUGUACAGAGGAAGACAUCAAAGAAGCCUUCACAACAAAUAAUUUCGAAGUUAAAGCUUUCAAAUUCUUUCCUAAAGACCGCAAAAUGGCCCUCCUACAGCUCUCAUCUGUCGAAGAAGCCGUAUUAGCUCUUAUCAAAAUGCACAACCAUCAACUUUCCGAGUCAAAUCAUUUACGUGUCAGCUUUUCAAAAUCAAAUAUUUAAGUGAUAAUUUUUACUUAUAUUUAAACUUAUAAAAAAACCUUCAGAAAAAAAAAUCAACAAUAGAAGACAAUGUUACCACAGCAGUAAAAAAAAAACUACAAACAAAAAAUCUCUCAAUUUUAUGUCACACGAAAAGCUCUCACCUGAUUAUAAUGAAACAGAAUCUCUUUGGAAGCAGCCCGUCAAUAAAAAAAAAGACCGCGCAGACAACAAUAUUAAAAAACAAAAUUUUACUAAAAUACCUAAACAAACAAAUAUUUUCAAUCCCAUUUUUUUGAAAGCAAAAUUUCAAAAAUUAAAAACGGAUAUUUUUUGUUUAUAAAAAAAAAUAAUUUAUAUCGCACAGACAUUCAACAACAAAAAAAACUUCUUUAUAUAUAAAUAUAUAUGUUGAUAUUUAUGUAUCUAUACAUAUAUACUAUAUUUAAAUAUACAAUUUGAAAUUAUAAUAAAUAAACAAGAGUUUCGUAUUUAAAUGUAAAAUCUAAUGUAUUAAAACAAAAAAACGCAAAAAAUUUAAGAAAAACAUUAUUAUUAUGUAGAUAUACAUCUACAUAAAAAUAAAUUAUAUAUAAAUAUAUAUAUAUUUGACAUUUUACGUAGAUAUAUUUGUAUGAAGGAGCAUUAUAAAUAAAACAAAAAUAUUAUCAUUAUAUAUAUUAUAUAAAUGUCUCAAUGUAAUUUUUAAGUAAAAAAAAAAAAUGAUAAAAAACAAUUUACAUAAAAAUAAAAAAAAAAUUCAAAUUAACUGAAAUCACUGUCACAAAAAAAAAUUAAAAUUAACAAAAAAAAAUUAAAUAAAAAAGAAAGACAGACAGAAUGAAAUAUGCAAAAAAAAACUGAUUUUUUGAUAUAUUUUACAACCAAAAUAAGAAAAUACAUAUUUUAUGAAUGUAUUUUGAAAAAAGGAUAGGAAACAAAAAAAAAUUAAUUGAAAAUUUAUGCUAUCAGUCGAGAUUACACAAAAUGGCAGCCACACAAAAUUAAGAACUAAAAAACCAGAACAUAACAAAAACCGAUUUCAAAUGAAAUAGAAAAUAUUUAUCCCAACGAUAAAUUUGAAUUGUUACACAAAACAAAAAAAAAAUAAAACAGAA